AUGCAUCACGUACGAUACACAGUUAAUCCGGAAUAUGCUAGGAUGUCGGAAUUAGUUCCUGGACUGUUCAUUUCUGGCGUCAGCGAUCUGAAUGUGGAGAACAUGCAAAAGCAUGGGAUAACGCUGAUCAUCAAUGCCACAAAUGAGCUCCUGGAAUUCCCGUUUGCUAAAAAGGUGUUCCAGCAAUAUAGUAUUUGUUUGAUCAGUUUGGAUGAAAGACAACAAAAAUUUAAACGUGUCUUCAUGCAGUUGGUCCUUUGCUACUCAAUCCACAUACGUUUUGUCGCACUACUGGCUUAUGACACUCUGUAA